AUGAAGCUGUCUUCUCUCCUAGUGCCAUCACUCUUGGUAGCGCCUGUUAUCGCCGCGCGCUCAACGGGUGAAUGGGUUGGAGACGUAAAGAGCAUCACAGAUGCGUAUCGGAAAACCCAGACUAACGUCAAGGCAAUAAAGAGUUCCUUUGGUAACCAUGGCGAGCUCUUUUUCCUGACGAGAUCUCUACUUAAAUGCGAUGAGAAGGUUAGUGCUGCAGUAAAUCAGCAGCAGAAGGCGAGUGAGCCGCAGCUUCUUCCAGACAACGGCGCAGAGGGCGAGUCCAAUGAAGCGUGUGCCGCAGUCGCCGGAUACUUUCCCGAGUUCUCCACCGUUGGCAUCGAAACUAUGAACGCAUUUCUGAAUCCAGAAUUCGCCUGUACAGAAAGUACCAAGGCAGCAUUCGGUCCCGCGAAGUGUAAAAAAUGCCCUGAAUUAUGGCGGAAGUGGAAUUCUGACUGGGAUCAAUACCACACUCUCUUUACCCUGAAUUGCGACGCGAAAUAUGAUGAUGACACAUUACAAAAGUUUGAAAACAGCUACGCCGCAUUCAAGGAUAAGUUCCAGGAAGCUACAGAUGCUUAUCAGGACAUAGGUGCAUGGUGCGCCGCCAAGUCAUCAUGA